GAGAGAGAGAGCUCCAAAAAAUCUCAUGACAAGCCCAUCCCGAUUCCCCCGUGCUCCGGAACCCGCGUAGAGCAACGACGACGAACCGAUCGUCUACCGCCACGAACACCUCGACCCCCAGUUCUCUCCCACCCGCCUAUCCCCGUCGUAUCUCACAGUCGAAACGAAAAGCCCGUUGCAGCGACCGGACAGAACGACAAGGACAAUGGCAUCCAGAACAGGCGGUCCCCGGAGCGCCUCGGACGCCACGCGCUUCACCUCGACCACCCCGCACGCCGCCUCCAAGAACACUCCCACAUCGACGACGGCGGCAGCGGCGGCGACACCACAGGCCCCUAAGUUCCCCGGCCGGCAACCGGGCGAGUCCCCCGAGGAGCGCGUCCGCCGCCUUCGCGCCGCCCACGAGGCCGCCCGCGCGGCGCAGACCUCGAGCGUCGACCGCGUCAUCGGCGGCAGCCGUCGCCUCUUUGACUUUGCGCACAAGUUCACAGUCCUCGGCCUCGUCAGCUUCACGGCCAUCGCAGGCCUCGUAUCCGUCUACUCCGUCUACGACAUGGUGACCUACAACAAGCAGCGUCGUAACGAUUUCAUCGAGGCCCAGCGCAAGAUGGAGGAGGACUCCCUCGCCUCGGCCCGCAUCGCCUUCAUCAACGGCACCGCCACCGACGCCCAGGUCACCCUCGUCGAGGAGGCCAACACUCUCGCCCGCGAGACCGGUGUCAAGCUGCCGCCCCUGCUGUCCGCGCCCACCGUCACCACCCAGGCCGAGAAGAUAUUUGGAAAGGGCGGCGGCCAGCAACAGCAGCAGCAACAGCAGCACGAGAACGCCUUCUCCGCCGAAUCAUCACCGGACCUCGCCGCCACCGCCGCGCCUCCCGCACAGAAGAAGAGCAGCUGGUGGCCCUUUGGCGGUUCCUCGUCGGCCGCGCCCCAGAGCCUCGAGGAGAGGAAAGAGCUGCUCCAGGACAAGGCCAAGGCGGCUUUCGAGCGCGAACGGGAGAACCAGCGGCGGGGCGGCGCCCUCGACCAGCUCGGCCUGCCGCAGGAGGAGAAGAAGGCCGAGAAGAAGGGGUGGUGGUAAAGGAAAACGGGUCGUGUGGAGGCUCAAAAUCGCCCUCUCAUCACCGAGUCUUUUCUUUGCCCCCCCUUCCAACUCCCCCUCCCAUCUUCUCCCAUUUCAUAAAGGAGUGAAUUGUGCGGUGACGGAUCUAUUCUUCUCUUGUUGUAAUAUGAUGUCAGAAGAGAAAACCCCCUGGAGAGCAUGCGGUCGGUCUUGUGACGAUAUUGGUGCGUAGCAGAGAAACUGGGGCUGGAGGUUCAGCUAUGGAGGAAUACGCAGCCUCUAGAGGUCAUCGGCGACGUGUCCUGUGUCUCCAUUGAGAAGCCAGGAGGAAGGGAAGGCUUGGGUGUACGAGCGCCAGUUGUACCAUUUUCUCCCAGAACCUCUUGCUUUAUCAGACGGCAGGGCUGAGGAGACGAGGAGUCACUGUAUCAUAGUGUAGACAGACUGGAUAUGCAUUAGACGGCGUCCGGUUUGACAAGUUUUGCA